AUUCAUACAGCACCAUUCCCACCGAUCACGUCGUGGCGAUGUGGACCUGCGCUGUCCUGUUAUUGGGUCAUUUCUUUAUUAGCAGCGUGCAGGCAAGCUGUCUGGUGCAGUACGAACAGGCAGCAACGGGAGUGGGAGUGCCCAAGGCUACCUUCAGCAGUACACCAUACUGUGCGUAUUAUGGUGUCAGAUACGGAGAGCCGCCGACCGGAAGGCUACGAUUUCGUCAUUCAAUAGUGCAUCAACCGAGUGGAUCGCUAAACUACACCACACCCAGGAGUGUCUGUGCCCAGUACAAUAAUCCAUUCACUCGGGACUAUGUCAUCGGUAGCGAAGACUGUCUAUUUGCAAACAUCUACACGCCUCGUGUUAAAGACAGCACAGAAGCAGCGGCAUAUCCUGUGCUAGUGUUCGUUCACGGUGGAAGUUACGCGGUUGGACAUGGGGAAAAAGACAUCAACGGGGUUGAUCUACUAAUAGAUAGUGGUGUUGUUGUGGUGACCUUUAACUACCGGCUCAAUGUUUUAGGAUUUCUAAAGACGAACAAAUUCAACAUCAGUGGCAACUUUGGGCUGAAAGAUCAAACCACACUGUUGCGGUGGGUGCAGCGGUACAUUGGCAGCUUCGGCGGUGAUCCUGCGCAAGUUACACUGCUCGGCCAUAGUGCGGGAGCCGGCUCGGUAACGCAUCAUCUCUACAUACCCCAGUCGAAAGAUCUCUUCCACCGUAUGAUUGUACUGAGCGGAUCGCUGCUAGCGUCCUGGUCCUUCAUGUACCAGCCGCGACUCUGCACGGAGUCGUACCUGAGUGAUCUGCAACCCAAGACUGCGACAGAGUUUCGUACCAGAGCUGUUGAGGAUUUUUUCAUCCAAAAUGGAACGACCGGUUUUGCGUUUGCGUUCGCUUCGAUGGGUACUCCUUGCUUCAUACCCGAGCCGGAGCAGGAAGAGAUCGAGCGGGAUAACUAUACCGUGAAUGCACCUCAUGUAUCCGUGCUAAGCCCACCGAUUACAAAGGUUCCAAUACUGAUAAGUGAAACGGCACGAGAAUUCGCCGACCAAUCGAAGCAUUUAGAUGGGUUUCACUUCUACCCAAAUAUUCCUCAAAAUUGGACCAAACAAAAGGUUGGUGCAUUAGUUUCCUUCGUUCAAAAUUUUACCUCCCACUUGGUGGCAGCAGGUCUUGUUAACUCCAGUGAGGAGGUGUUUCAACAGAUAGCAGAUGUAGCAAAUCUACGAUAUCCUAUGAGACGGUUGGCGCAGGAUUUAGCCCAAACACUGCACGGAACGAUGCCCGUGUACUAUCUUCGGUUUGAGUUUGAUGGACAGUUCGGGAAGGCAAAGUAUAAGGAGUAUAUUAGCUAUCUGCCUGUUUCGGAGUACGGUGCCAUACACGGGGAUGAUUUGGGGUACAUUUUUUCACCCUACAAUCUGGAGGAGGCCCUUGCGAAGGUGGACCAGUAUCGGGAGGAAUGGAGAAUACAUCGCAGGACAAUGGAGUUGAUAGCCAACUUUAUCAAGCAUGGCAAUCCAACACCAACUCCCAGUAAGCUUUCCAAUAUCACCUGGACACCCUGGAAUGGGAAUGACUCAGCUAACGCAUACUUGAACAUCGAUAAAACGUUCGAGAUGCGAGAGUUCAAGGAUGAUAGAAUCUUUCGCUUUUGGGCUGAAGUGUACAACUGUUUGUAUUAUAAAGUUUGUAAGUAUGACUGGUGAAGCUGGUGGUAGUGGUGUUUCGAUAGCAAUAAAAAUAUAUAACA